AUGGGAAAGCUGAAGAAAAAGGUUUAUUUUGACGCUUUUCUAAAUUGUUUGCUGUAUUUGACAAUCUGAUCUAAAUAAAUAUGCUCACGAAUUUCUUUUCAGGGAGAAAGCGGAGCCGCAACAAAUUAUAUAUCAAGAAAUCAAGCGCUGAAGAAACUGCAGCUCAGUUUGCCGGAUUUCAGGUAAAAUUUGAGGCUGUUGAUCGUCAAAUUCACUUCAGUACCUUUUUAUGCAAAGAAAUACUUUUUCUCAAGUUUUGAUUUGUUUCAUUUUUUAGGCGAAUCUGUAUUUUGAAAGGCAUUUACCCAGUUGAACCAAAGAACAAGAAGAAAGUGAACAAGGGAAGCACAGCAAACAAGACUUAUUAUUACAUUAAAGACAUUCAGUACCUUGCACAUGAACCAAUUCUUAACAAGUUCAGAGAGUUUAAGAUAUUUCUUAGAAAGCUCAAGAAGGCCAUUGCUAAGGAGGAACCAGGUACUGCUCAAAGAUUAGUGGACAACAAACCGAUUUACAAACUUGAUCACAUUCUCAAGGAAAGGUCAGUACUUUUUGUGUCAUUCAGUGGAUUAUUGCAAGGAUAAGAAAAAAUAAAAAUUACUUGUAAUAAUCAUUAUCUUGAAUGGAUUGAACUCAGAAAUGAUAUGUUAAAUAGUGUAAGGUUAGACUGUAUAUUUGGAUUUUCCACUUGAGGAUAGCCCUGAGGGAUGCUGUUGUCAGUAGUGGUGACUGACCUUUGGAGGACCAUUGUCAACGACAAGACAGUCUUCUCAGGACUAUCCUCAUGCAGAUGAUCAGAAUACUUGGUCAAAUGUUAACUAUCAGUUCAAACCACUUACUCAGUUCUACUUUAGUUUUGAGAAGCACUGUUUUUGGCAAUAGUAACUGAUAUUUUGACUCUAAAUUCUGGUCAUAAUGGAAAAGGUUUCUCACUGUCACUGACAACAGUCCUUCCAGUAAUAGCCUUGCAUACAUGAUUGCCUGACAUUUCAGAUGGGGUAACGUUAUGCAGAUCAAAUUGAUGUUAUUGUUGGUAUUGUUUGUUAUUCAUUAACAGUUAUUGUACCUGUUAGUUUUGUCAAUUUUUCACAUUGACUUUCAUAAUGUACAGUUACUGUACAUUUACUAUUCCUUUCUUAAAACCAUUGAGCUCUUCAAGAGGAGAAAGAUGACAAAAUGGAAUUUUUACCCUUGAAAUGUUGUGAUCUCUGGUUGUCAACAGUACAUUCUUCAUGCAUUAUUUCAUUUAUUCAAAUUUUCAGAUAUCCAACUUUCAUUGAUGCAGUGAGAGACCUUGAUGAUGCUUUAUCUAUGGUGUUAUUAUUUUCAACAAUGCCACAAACUGAUAAAAUACAGGUAAUGAUGAUUUUCAUUUUGUAGUGGUUUUUAUACUAUUUUUUUUCUUUGAAAACAUUACACUUGUGUCAGAAAGAGUUACUUUUGGUAUUAAUCUUAAUUUUUCAUAUUCUUUAUUGACAGGCUGAUGUAGUAAAACAAUGCAAAAGAUUAUCUGGUAAGUGAGUUUUUCAAAUUUUUUAACAGAUAAUGUUCUUAUUGACUUACUAUGACAGAUGAAAUGUGGUGCUUUGACUUUCAAGUUUGAAAAUUUCUGACUCUUGUUAAAAUGUCAUUAUAGUCAAAGUGAGUACCACCACUCUAGUGAUCACAUUGUCUCACUGAAAAAAAAAAAGGAAGAGUGAAUGGAUGGGCUGCCUGCAGUUUUUAACCCUUUACACCCUAACAUCAGUAUUCAUAUUCUCUAUACUCUUGUCUAUACAAAUUAGUCGGCACUAACAAGGAGAAUUUGUUUAACAAUCAAGAGUUUCUUAGGUUGGCAAUCAUUUCUGUUAUUCUCAUGAUCUUAAUGACUGAUUCAAAAGUAUUAUUGUAAGGAGAAAUUAGAUGCCGGUCACUCUAAGGGUUAAAGGGUUAAACCAAAACCCAGCUGAAAUGAAAGUAGUUUCUUUACAUUUUUGUGCUCACUUAAUUAAGAACCACUUUGUCAUUCUGAUACUUUUGUGUUUGUUGCAGUUGAAUUUCAGCAUUACAUCAUAGCAUCUAAGUCACUAAGAAAGGUAUUUUCAUAAAGUGUUAACUUCUAUUAAUAGAAUCGUGUUGUCCUGUGGUCUCAUGUGUUGGUAUUCCUUACUCAAGAUUGAUAUCUCUUUCAAAGGUAUUCCUGUCAAUAAAAGGAGUCUAUUUUCAAGCUGAAAUCCAAGAUCAACCCGUGACGUGGAUUGUUCCUUACCAGUUUUGUCAAGAGGUAAUAAUAGAAGCUUUUUCCAUUGUUACUAUUUUGAACUGCAACUUUCUUUUUUUUAUUUUCAAUUGUAGACUUGUGUUUAAAUAAGUUAAAAAAAAGGUGAACUCUUUAACUUCCAAAAGUGAUCAACAAGUAAUGUCUUCCCAUAUUAUUCAAGCAUUACCCAGCAAAUAUGUAAUGAGAAUACUCAAUCUAAUCAGGUAGCAGUUGUUACCUUGAUCUAACUUAAAAUUCUCAUAACUAAUGUGUAGCAGCUAGAGAAGAGAAUUAACAUUCAGAUCUUGAAGGGUUAAGUCUUUACAUGAGUGAAGUAGUGCAUCCAGCUGGAUCUUAUUCUGGAUUCCAUAGCAUAAAUUAACAAAGAUUAUUACUACACACCCCUCUCCUCUGGAUGGGAUGUUACCCCCCAGCAUUUCAUCAGCCUUGUGUGACAAUUCAUUGGUACACAUUUAUACAUAGGUGGAGAGUGGCACUGUGAGGUAAUGUGUCUUCCUCAAGAACACAAUAGAUUGACCUGGCCAGGUUUCACACCUGGACUUCUUGACCCAGGAGUCCAGCACACUAACCAUAAGGCCAGCAUGUCUGCUUUAAACCAGUUAACUGGACACUAAUUGACAGUGCCAAUGGUGUUAGCCAUGUUAAGACUUGCUUGUGGUUACAUAGGUAGAGGUUAUAUGUUGGUUUUUUUUUUUUUUUUGCAGCCACCAACAGAUGUUGACUUCAGAGUGAUGCUGACUUUUGUAGAGUUCUACACAACUAUGAUAGGAUUUGUGAAUUUCAAAUUAUACAACAUGUUGAACUUACACUACCCUCCCAAGGUAAGUUCAUCCUUAACUGCCAAAAUUUUAUUGGAAAUUCUCCUUUUCAGCUUUAUACAUUUCCUCUGACUGUCAAACUCAGAAACCAGAUGGUUUUACCAUACUCAGACAACUAAAAAACACUCUUAUGUAUACCAUUGAAGUUACUAAAGGGAUUAACAGAUGUGGAAAGGUUUAUUCAUCUCUAUUGCCAGCAUUCCUGACAUUCCUCCGGCUUGGAAAUAAGUUCUUUGGUCACCUGAUUGUUGACUGUGAUUUUAGUAUCAGGUUGAAUCAGGAAACUGUAAAUAUGAUUAAGAUGUAUUAGCUUUAUGCUUCUUCUUUGUCUUCCCACCUUGAAUGUGCAGCUUGCUGGUGAAUACAAUAACACAAGUAACACAGACUAUUGUGAAGAUUCAGAACUGGAAGAUGAGGUGAGACAUUUCUUCACUGGACAUACAUCUAUUAGUUUCUAGCUGACUUGAAAAAAUAUUGAACAUUUUGCAUGUUUCUUUAUAUUAAUCAAACAGCUGAUCUGGUGCAAUCAAGCAGUCGCUUCAAUGACAUGCUUUAUUUGAACUUUAUUACAGGGUUGUAGCUUAGAAGUUAGGCUGGCAGCAUUUGGCCCAGUGAUCUUUAAGCCAAAAAUCCAGCUGACAAUUGCUGCUUUUUCAUUUGGCAAACUUUGGCAGGCGUACUACAUGAGGAAAUUAAAAUGUAAUGAGCAUUAACUGGAGUCAGUGGGUGUGUGAGUAGAACAACCUGUAUCUCUACAGCUCAUCCAAAUUUCCCUAGGCAUGAAGUAACAAGGAGUUUUACUUGUGUCCUGCAGACCCCCUCCCUAGAGUCCAGCACACUAUUCACCAACUGAUUGUGACUAAUUGAUACUCUCAUGGUUAUUCCCUUGUCUUUGUCAAUUAAGUAUUGCAAACCCUGGUCUUCCUAAGCAAUUUCUCAUGGGUAUGUUUGUCUUAUGUUUUCUUAUAAGGUGCUGUCUGCUUUGAAUCAAAACUUGUCAGUAACAGGUAGGCAUGUCAAUGUAUUUCUUGAAGUAACCAUUGUCUAUUAUCUCCCCAUAUAGUUACCCCUAAAUCAAGCAUUAAGGCCAUGAGAAUAACAGAAAUGAUCAGCUGCUAAAGAAGCUCUUUUGUUCUAGAACAAAUUCCCCAUAUCAGUACUACAGGAAAAUAUAUUAAGGACAUUAUGGAGAAUAUGCAUACUGAUGUUAGGGUGAACACUGGUAAAGGCCAUGGCCACUCAAACAACUUGUGGUUGACCUACACCUUCCCUGUGAGAUUUGUGAAGUACAUGAAAUGUUAAUGGUGGGUUACAUGUAUUUUUUUCCUUUUUAUUUUCAGCUCAGGAUGAUGAUGUUGAAGUAGAUGAAUUUCCUGUUGAUCCUGAAGUAUGUUGUGUUUUUAGUAGAAGAUAUGUUGCUGGUUAUAUGUGUUCUUCAACGUUAAUAACAUGUCAGUAAAUAAUUGUCCUGAAGUUUGCAAGAGAUGUUAAGAAACCAUCAAAAUAUACUAAUCUGGUUUUUUUUUUGACAGAGCGAGGAUGCCAAAGCACAGGAGGCUAUUAAGAAAGAGCUUCAAGAAACAGAAAAACUGAAAAACCUGUUUUCAGACUGCAAGGUGUUUCUGUCCAGAGAGGUCCCAAGAGAAAUACUGGUGUUUGUUCUCAGGUAAAGAUGUUUUGAUAUUUUACAUCUCCAACAGUUUCAUUACAUUUUUAAUUAAGUAUAAAAUUAGGGCACCCUUAUAGAGAUGGCCAGCAAAAAAUAUAAGACUAAGAAGUGAACUCCUGGAGGUCUCAUAUGAGAUAGGCAGGUAAUGACACUUUUACACUGGUCCUGCCUCAAUCUCAUUGGUGUUAAAAACAACCAGGCAAGACUUGGUAGCCUUGUGCUUAAUAACCUUUACCCCUUAUUUUGCCUACAAAAUGUGCUGUAUUUGAGAGUUUUAUUAACAAACUAUCAGAAAUUCUUGAUUAAGCAUUUUGUGGGCAGUGCUUGGUUGGGUCAUUGUUUGUGUCCUGUACUCCUCAUUUUGCCCACAAAAUGUGCUGUAUUUGAGAGGUUUAUUAACAAACUGUCAGAAAUUCUUGAUUAAGCAGUUUGUGGGCAGUGCUUGGUUGGGUCAUUAUUUGUGUCCUUUACUCCUUAUUUUGGUCACAAAAUGUGCUGUAUUUUAGAGGUUUAUUAACAAACUACCAUGAAUUCUUGAUUAAGCAGUUUGUGGGUAGUGCUUGGUUGGGUCAUUGUUUGUGUUCUUGGGAAAGGAUUUGCACUUAAAGUAACAACUGUUGAAGUUUCUCUUUUCUUGUAUCAUCACAAUUUUGGGAAAUCAGUGAAGGAAACUUUGUAUGUGCACAAUGAUGGUAUUUGUACAUCCUGUACACACAGGUCCUAUCCUGCAAGUUAAAUUGCGAGCACUCACAUUCAAGAAGAGAAUGUGCAUCAGGGGGUGUUACUUUUGUUACUUAAAAAAUAAUGUAUAUCAAAAAGAUUUGAUUUCACAAGUGCAUAAGUAAAUUAUUUUGAGAUAUGCGACACAGUAACUUUUCUCAACUUGCCAAAUGUUUUCUCAACGUGCCUGGGUCAAUGAAAAAUUGUAAAAAAAAAAUGUAAAUUCUAGGUUACAUUCAUUAAAUCUUUAAACUAGAGUAGCAUCAAACCAUGUUUGAUUGUCCACCUGGUUUCCUUGUAAACUUUAAUUUUUCAAUGACAGAUGUUUUGGAGGGGAAGUCUCGUGGCAGAGUUCAGAAGCCAUAGGAGCCACGUUUGAUGAGAACUGUGAUUCAAUUACCCAUCAGAUUGUAGACAGACCAGUUUAUGGACACACAUAUUUAUCCAGGUUUGUAUCAGAUUGGCAGAUUCUUGCUGACUGAAAAAUUUUGAGCCGCAAUCCUGUUACAUUCAACUAGUUUUUGAACUUAAGGAAUCCUCUAAAACUUGGUCCCGUAAACGAUUUUGCCCUCGAGGCCACUGGAAACGUUAAUAAAUCAAGCCUGUAAACAGGUUCCAGUAGGAAGGGCUGAGGAAGAACUGGGCUCUAACGGAAGCUCCCAUCCCCCUACCUCCGCCCUCCUCCUAACCCCAUACCCUUCCUCGCUUUUUCCUCUUCGCCCUAUCUUCGACUAGAAAGCCUAUACGAGGGAAAAAUACAUGUAAUUCAAGUAACGCAAGUAGCUGUUACAGCAUAGCGAAAAAAGAAAAGAUACUCCUCGCUCCAGUUGAGCAGCCAAAUUUGUCAGAUUUAUAACAAGCGUUCUCGCCAUAUCGACUUUCUAUUUAGUCUCCUUUGCAGCCGUUUUUCAGAAUUUCACGCAACAUUCCCCCAACGCUUCUUUUGAGAGGAGCGUUUCGUGACGUAGAAAGAACGAUAGGAGCCUACUUUCUGUGCUCUUUCCCACGCCUCCCCCCCCCAGAAGUGAUCAAUAGGUAAUUUCUCCUUUCAAUAUCAACUCUAGUUAAGCAAAAGAGGUAAUGAGAAGAAUGUAGUACAUCAGCUGGUGAAUAUUGUCUGGUAUGACACCAAAUCAUCAGAGCUAUAGUUUUAUAGAAUGUAUGGUAUUGAGAUCUUGGGUUUGAAAGGGGUUGGUGCUUUGUAAAGAAACUCUUUCGUAUCCUCCAGGUAUUACGUCCAACCUCAAUGGGUAUUCGACUGUGUGAAUUGCCGUAAACUUCUCCCUGUGGAGGAUUAUUUCCCAGGGGUUGAGCUUCCGCCCCACUUAUCCCCGUUCGUGGAAGAACAAGAGGGUGAUUAUGUACCCCCUGAGAGACAAGCCAUGCUGGAAGAGCAGAGGCAGACAGAAGCGGGUGAAAGUGAGGCUGGACAGGAGAAUGAAGAGGGUGAGGAAGUUGUAGGGAUUAAACGGUGCUGUUGUCCAAAAUACAUUUGAGAUAUUCAACCUUUAAGCUCCGCAGGUUCUCUUUGGUUUAUUUGCUGGAUCUUCUAUUUGGUCAAUAGUAGCUUGAUUAUACAAUAGACCGCAUUUUCUGUCCAUUUACUAACACUGGCACAAUAACCCACGCGGGUUGUGGGGAGAACGUGAGAGAAAUUAUUAUAUCAAGAGUCAAAGACAAGUGAUCUACAAAUUUGUUUAGUGUUCUAUUAAUAUGUCGCGGGUGUGGUCCAUCGCUUUUAUGAAGGAGCUAUGGAUAGGUGUGGGUAGUUUUUUGGCCAAUCAGAGGACCUGUAAUAUCUCAUCUAUCUUUUGAAUAUGAAUAAAUCUCAUUCUUUGAAGUAACGCGCUAUCGCUAGGACAGAGAUUUUCAAUCGAAAACCUAGAAUAACUACGGAUUGCAAAAAAAUACAAAAAUUAAACUAAUCAGGACUUAAUCUCGUGCGGUGAACUGCGCUUCAGGCAGUUUGCAUCAUUUUUGUUAGUUUAAUAUACUUAUUGGCUACUUGUAAUUGCUUUGGUUUAGGUUCUUCUAUACUCAAUUGAACUGUACUCUAGUCCAUAGUUGUUGGAAUCCGAAUGAAGAAGUUUUAAUUUUGGUACUGGAAGGGAAACUAUAAAUUUACCUAGUUAUUUCAACAUUUUUCUUCUCGUUCAGGAACGUCUGGCGAAGGACUCAGCAAAGAAGAAAAGAACCUAGCAAUCAUGGCGAUGAAGAAGAAAGACAAACGAUUGUACGACCAAAUUAUGCAUUCCAAGAAGAAAAAGAGAUCAGAGGUAAAGUAUUAAAAUAAAUUCUCUUCUAGUUUCUUUGAAAGUUGAGCGAGAAAGACUUUACUUUCCAGAUCCUGUUUUUGGCCAAGGGUGCCGAAUAAUACGAACACCUCUAAAAUCAACUUUUUUUGCUAUAAGCUAAAGUUUUUAAUAAAUUGUAUUUUGUUUUAGGUACGAAAACUUGAGGCUAAGCGAAAGGCUUAUGACGAGGCACAGUCACAGAAGAAACAGAAGACAAAAUGAAAUCUCGACAUCGAGUAUGAAUUUAAUCCUUAAUUAAAAAAUAUUUUACACCAAACUUGUAGAUUACCACGUAUUACUCAAACGUAACAGUGUAAUUAAACGCAA